AAGACACUGAUAUUCAGUAGCAAUCAAAGGGUGAUUUGAUUUUAAGUGAUUCCCUCUCAUGCCACACCUCAUGUUGUAAUUAUUGCAAAUAAUUUUAGUGAAUUUUUUCCCAUCACGUAUUUUCCCACCAAUGUCAAGAUGCCUUCAAAUCAUAUGAGUAACCCCAUCCCAUCCCAAAUGAAGGCAUCUACAUCGCGCUCGUCCCUUGGUUUGAGCCAAUUAUUAUUGAAAUUCUUAAUGAGAGGUGAAACCAAGCAAACAAACAACCAACCCAAAAUAAUUACAAAGAACUUUUGCAACUUGGAUGAGUAUAAAUGCCAAGUGUAAGUUUUCCAUCCAUGCUAAUUGUAAUUUGAAGCUGGCGCCAAUCUGUGUAACAAUCGAAAUUUCUGUGGCUCAAGCACAAGGAACAAAAUGUGGAUUUCAACACUUGGAGUAAUGGCAUUGAUGGGUGCAUUGAAAGUGGUUUACGCUGGAGGUUAUGGAGGUGGUGAAUAUGGUGGCACGACAUCAUCUUCUUCCGCUCAUAUCAGUGGAAUAUCCCCACAACCCUUGACUGGUUAUGGAGGAGCCAAUACUCGAGGAAAUAUGAAAAUGAACGGUCAAGAGGAAGGGUUGGCCGGCAUGCUUGCAGAUAUUUUGGGUGUUAUUGGCAAAGCAAAUGCUUAUGGCAGGGCAACUAAUGAUCAAGGAAGUGGCCAGAAAGUUUCAAUUACCAGCUUUGAUGAAAAUGGUGGUAAUGGCAGAGGAUUGCUUAAUGAUAGACUUCCCAAUAACGGUAGAAAUUUUGAGGGCAGCACUGUUGGUGUUGCUCCAUACGUUGCAGCAUAUGGCAGAAAACCUAGCAUAGCCCAAUCAGGGUCAUUGUUGAACAAUCCCUCUUCGAUUAAUGGUAAUACAGAUCGUUACCCUUAUGCAGGAGGAUUCAGUCCAGAACAGCCCGGGUUACCAUCAUCUGCAUAUCAACCAGACAGCUGGCAUCCUGCAGGUAAUCCUAAAGGAACUUCGUCUGGAGGUCCCUCAAAUUGGCAUCCUGUGAUAAAUCCCAAUCCUACCAUCUCAAAUGCCGAAGGAGAUUUUGAUGAAGGCGGUAGGGGUGAUAAUUUAAGUCAUCAAUAUGGAGACUCAGCUAACAUGCCAAAUCCAUAUUUAGAGCAGACUCGAAGGGAAAAUCGUUACAACAAUGCUCCCUUUGGCAAUGGUGCUAAGAAAAUUGUUUUGAGUGACAGCAGUUAUAUUUUAGAUGUUGGAAACCCAAAAUCAUCCGAAUUGCCUACUAUGCUAGGUUCUGGAAGUUAUGCAGGAAGUCAUGGCGGUUCAAAGACAAAGAGAGGUGAUGGAGAAAUAGCCUCAUACGCAAACACCAAUCAGGAUGGGUCUGCAAGUUCUCUACGAACCAAUGGUUACGGUCUCAACCCUGAACGCCCUAAUUUCGAAUCAAAUAGAGCUUCUAAACUCCAAGGAAAUACAGAUGGAAUACCUAUUGGGGAAGUCUAUAGUUUUGGUGAACAUUUUGAAGGCAAUGCUAACCAGGGUACUUUAGGAGCAAGUCCAACAAGGCCAGGCAGUUUAGGCGGCUCUCAUCGCUCGCAAGUUAACAGAGGUUCUUAUGGUGAAGGAGCUACUUUUUCUUAUGGAGGACAAAGAGGGAUCAUCAUAAACGACAAUGAUAGACUUAAAGAGCAACAUAAUUUAGCAGGAGCUUCCAGUGUUGCCUCCGCCGGUAGUGGUGGAGAAUCUUAUGGGUCAAUUGGCAAUCCAAGUGCUGGCCAAUCAGGUGGACAUGGAAAAUAA